AAAUUCGGCUUUGAGCCGUCUUGAAUGUAAAUAUUGUCCUUUUAACAAAAUCAUUUUUAUUUCUGUUUCUCGUAAGUAAAAUUUUUCUUGGAUACUAAAUAUUUAUUUAUUAUUUGGAUUUUUGGCUUUUAAAGUCAAGCCGAAUACUUUAAAAAUAUGGGUAACAUGAUGGAACCAGACCUUCCGAAACCAGAACCUGCUUAUGAACCGAAAUUUGACCCAAUGUUGGGCUUUCCAAAUGGUAGAAAAGAAAGAACUGUGAAAACCACAAAGGAAGAAAUGGAAUCAGCUGCCAUUCCUCCACAUCUAAGAGAUUACUGUAUAGAUGAUUACAUGCAAUUUUUGAAAUGUAGACAAGAUCGUUUCCCCUUUGUAUAUAAAUGCAAGCAUGAACUACAUAAUUACCAUAACUGUGAAUUUGAAGACUUUGUUCUAAGAAUGAAGGAAUAUGAAAGAGAAGCAAGGUUGAAUAAGCUUGUAGAAAGCAAACAGGGUGCUUAAUAAUUUGAUAUGUAACUCUUAUGUUUAUGUUCUUUAAAAAGAUGCUUAGUUAAUACACUGUUGAUUUCACUUUCGAAAAUAAACUCUUUAGAAACUGAA